UCAGCCAAUCCGUGCACAGAAGAACUGGGCGGACCAAGAGGAGCGGUGGGAGCUCAGGGCCACCGCUGCCGCCACUGCCGCGGCAGGGGCUUGUAAGGGCAGGGGGCGGCUGAUCCCGCAGUAACAAACAUGGCCCAGAACCGAGAAGGCGGAAACCCGUUCGCCGAGUCUGGCGAGCUGGACAACCCCUUUCAGGAUCCAGCUGUGAUCCAGCACCGGCCGAGCCCGCAGUAUGCCACGCUUGAUGUAUACAACCCUUUCGAGACCCGGGAGGUGAGCUGCUGGAGACCACAGGAUCAAGAAGGGCAGAGUAUGACACCAGCGCCAGCUUAUGAACCUUCUGCUCCUGCCUCUGUCCCUGCUCCCGCCCCCUCAGCUCCUUCCUUACAGUCUUCACGAAAGCUCAGCCCCACAGAACCCAAGAACUAUGGCUCCUACAGCACUCAGGCCUCAGCUGCUGCAGCCACGGCUGAGCUGCUAAAGAAGCAGGAGGAACUCAACCGGAAAGCAGAAGAGCUGGACCGCAGGGAGCGAGAGCUGCAGCAUGUUGCCCUGGGGGGCACAGCCACUCGACAGAACAAUUGGCCCCCUCUACCUUCAUUUUGCCCAGUCCAGCCCUGCUUUUUCCAAGAUAUCUCCAUGGAGAUUCCCCAAGAAUUUCAGAAGACAGUAUCCACCAUGUACUACCUCUGGAUGUGCAGCACUGCGGCUCUUCUCCUGAACUUCCUCGCCUGCCUGGCCAGCUUCUGUGUGGAUACCAACAGUGGCUCGGGCUUUGGGCUUUCUCUGCUCUGGGUCCUCCUUUUUACUCCCUGCUCCUUCGUGUGCUGGUACCGCCCCAUGUAUAAGGCUUUCCGGAGUGAUAGUUCAUUCAAUUUCUUCGUUUUUUUCUUCAUUUUCUUCGCCCAGAAUGUGCUCUUUGUCCUCCAAGCCAUUGGCAUCCCAGGUUGGGGGUUCAGUGGCUGGAUCUCUGCUUUGUCAGCACUGAAGAUCAACACUGCCGUAACUGUACUCAUGCUGCUGGUUGCCCUGCUCUUCACUGGCAUCGCUGUGCUGGGAAUUGUGAUGCUGAAGCGGAUCCACUCCUUAUAUCGACGCACAGGUGCCAGCUUUCAGAAAGCCCAACAAGAAUUUGCUGCUGGUGUCUUUUCCAACCCAGCAGUGCGAACCGCAGCUGCCAAUGCAGCUGCUGGGGCUGCUGAAAAUGCCUUCCGGGGGCCAUGAUUCCUGACUGGGAUGUCCUGGCCCUGCCUCUUGCAAGAGCUGACACAGCCCCUAUCCCUGAGGUCUCUGGGACUGGGGAGACAUCACUGGUUGAUGGCUUCUUUAUAAUGCCCCCAAAUUCACAGCCAUGACCGCUGAACCUGAUGUAGGGAUUCCAGGAGGCCACUGUGACCCCUGUCACUCCUUGGCCUUCCUCUCCUCAGACAACACUGCUGCCAUCACUCUUACACUCUGACCCAGCUUCCCUCUGCUGUGCCAAGGCCAUUGCUUCAGUUAUUUAAAUAAAAAGAAAGUGAAACUGGAA